CGCGCGAAGAGGCGAGACGCCGCGCCCCUAAAAACAUUGAAAUACGUGCAACAUGACAGCGAUCACAAUGGGCGACAAUGUGAACAAUAAUGACGCUUCCAAUUAUGAAGAGGCCUUGGAAAAAACUGGUAACGGUCCCUACAACAUGCUGUUGGCAAGCACCUGUUCCCUGAUCCUUCUGGCCCUAGGCAUGGACUUGUUCGGCUUCAGCCUGGUGGUGACCGCCGCCUGCGAUCUCCAGCUCACCGUCUCGCAGAUGGCAAUACUCACCUCACUGCCUUUCAUAGGAAUCCUGCUGGUGUCGUACAUAUGGGGCUACAUCUCAGACACGCGGGGGCGGAGGUUCUCCCUGGUGCUGUGCAUGCAGGUCAGCUUCGUGCUGUCCACGCUGUGCAGCAUCUGCCCCACCUGGCACAUCCUUGGGCUGGUCAAGUUCAUCUCUGUAUGUUUCUCAUGUGCAGCCAACUCAGCCUCGUAUACCCUCGUCGGAGAAUCCUGCAACAUGAAGAAUAGAAGCAAAUACAUGCUUCUGAUGACUUGCCUGCUUCUGCUGUCACCAGCUGCUGCUGGAGUGGUAACCUAUCCAAUACUGAAGCUCAAAUUCGAAUCAGCAAUGUGGUUCGGCGUAAUGUUCACUCCGUGGCGAUUGCUGAUCAUAGUCCUGGCGCUCCCGUCCGGCAUCGGAGCCCUGGCCAUAUGCUUCUUCCACGAGUCCCCGAUAUUUCUUGCCAACAGUGGGAGAGAGGAAGAGGCCUUGGAUGUACUCAGAUCAAUAUAUGCCAUAAAUCAUAGAAAAUCCAAGGAAGAAUAUGAGGUCAAAACCUUGAAGGUGAAGGAUCAGUGUCUGAAGAAGCAGUCCUUAGUGAGAGCUAUUUACGAGCAGAGUGCACCAUUAUUCAGACCACCGCUGCUUUGGAGAACCUUGCAGCUGUUCUACAUAGUCGCUGUCGUGUACAUCACAAACAAUUCAUUCCUGGUGUGGUUAGCACACGUGAUGAACCUCGUGAGAUUGGCGAUGGAAAGGUCCGCAACAGGAAACAUCUGUGAAUUGAUCUCGCAUGAUAAGAUUCACAACGCUAACCAUCCUCAAAACUCUACUGCACCCCGCGUCUGCGUCGGAAACAUAGAAGAUAACGUGGUGCUUGCUUUGGUCAUCUCCCAGACCAUCUUCGCGAUCUUGAACUUCGCUCUCUCGUACCUGUCGCACAGACGGAAAGCCGUGCUAACUUCGAUCUUGUGUCUAUCGGCAUUGAGCGGGAGUUUGCUUAACCUCACCCCUGAGGCCAUAUCGAGCGUGUUCUUCUUCAUGAUAUUCACGUGCACUUGCCUCUGUAUGGGCAUAUUGGCUUCGUUCUUCGUGGAUCUUUACCCACCGUCCUACAGAGGCAUGGUAGCGUGCCUUAGCAUCAUGGUGGGUCGCGGCAGCAGCUUCGUCGGCAUCAAUAUAGUUGGCAACCUGCUGUUCAACCACUGCCAACUCAUGUUCUACAUGUGGAGUUUACUAGUGCUGAGUAGUGCCGUGUUAGCGUGGUUUCUGCCGCCAGAAAAGGUGAAAAUUAAACCGUCCACAGUUUAGAUGUAAUAGUUGAAUGUAGAUAUAUAAAUAGAUUAAUAUAAUAAUGUCUGUGAUGUAGUUUUUUUAAGCUGUGAAUUUGUCGCUGUGAAGGCAAAAUAGAAAG